GAAGUGGGGAUGUGCUUGCCUGGGGACAUCACCGGCAUUCGGCUCUUGUGACACAUGAUCCAGAGAAGACAUUGUGCUCAGGCAGCUCCGGCCCGUUCCCUCUGUCCUUCUGGGGAUCACAGAUAAAUGCCAUCGGAAGUUCCGGAAUCACUUGUCCAGGCCCUUGCCCAGAUCCUACAUGAACAUGGAGAUAAGGUGUUGGACGGGAGCCGUAUCCUGGCGCUCCUCACCCCGUGCCUGCAGGUGGUCACGCGCCUGUUUGAGCAGCUGUUCCCGCGGGGCCCGGGGACUGGAUUCCAGGCACUGCCGGCCCACCCCGCAGACAGCGUUCCGAUACUAAGGGCGCAAUUUAUGCUCGAUAUGCUCCAGAAAACGCCUUCCCUUAAGCUCGUCCACCCGGCUGAGUGUCCCCGGCAGUUUGAUGUGAAUAUAUUCCCUUUUAAGUCCCUGCGUUCCCUUGAGUUGCGCUGCCUCCCACCACACUGUCUCCGGGGCCUGCGUUCCGUGUAUUCACAGCUGGAGGUUCUGACCUGCUAUCGAUGUGUCAGCAGCUUAGAGGAAGUUAUUGCUCUCUGCGGCGGAGAUCUGAGCUCAGCUCUUCCCUGGCUCGUGUUACAUACUCUGGAUUUCAGCUAUAAUACCCUUAAAAAUCUAGACGGUUCAUUGGAAUUAUUAAACAGUCUCAAGAUUUUGGAUUUAAGCCACAAUCAAAUCACAGAAUGUGGUUCCUAUUUAAAGGUUCUAUCAGAGCUUCAGUACCUUAACCUUGGGUAUAACCACUUGACAGCAGUGCCAGAGCUCAGUGUGGGAAACACAGCUAAACUGCACAGCCUCAUCCUGAAACACAAUCAGCUCUCCGGCACCAGUGGGCUAGAGAAUCUCCCUAACUUGCAGCACCUUGACCUGUCCUAUAAUUUGCUGCUAGAACAUUCACAACUGUCCGGCUUGGCGAGGCUGCACAACCUGAAACAGCUUUUCCUUGAGGGGAACCCUUUGUACUUCCAAAAGGAUUAUCGGGCAUUAACGGCACAGCAUCUGUCCCACAAGGCUUCUGACAAUGUGUUAUUAGAUGGGAAGUUACUGUCCAGCUCGGAGAUAAUGAAUGCACAGGCGUUUGGGGAGAAGGUCAGGCUGCAGCCAAGCAGUUCGGCCACUGAGAGUUCCUGCACUGGGGACCUGACCGACAGCUAUUCUGCUGCUGAGAAAUCUGCCCCGCGGCUCCCACGGAAGAAAUCCCGGGUUAAAGUCCGCACAGCGAGUAUCUCUGAGCGUAGUGACAGCGAGUAUGAACGGCGCGGGCAGCCAAUUGUUCUGCAGCACCAGAGAGAAAUUGAGCGCACUGACAGUUUUCGGGAGCAGUAUGGAGAGGAUUGGCUGCAGUACAGACCCCACUUGGAGGGUGAAUUGGACCCAGAAUAUGUGAACAGGCCACACAGCCCACCUCCUAGGGCCUCUCCAUCUCCUACAGCCCCAAGCUCUGUACCUAAACGGAAGAGCCCCGUCCCAGCACCAGAGCCCAGCCCCAGCCCACCCAGCCCAAAGAGCGGCCAUGUUGCUCCUGAUGAUCAAUUAAUGGAGAAAGCAGAGGAAGGACUUGAGGAACAUUUGUGGGGACUGCAGGAAGCAAAGAAGCCAAAUGAAGAAGAGGGGUUAAUAGGAGGUGCCUUAUGUUCCCCGGUAGUGGUUUGCCCUGUUUUGAAUGGGCAGCCGCGGAACCCAGACUGGCCUUGGGUUUUCUUAAGGAUCACCCUGCACUUUCUGUUGGAGAUGGACCCCGAGCGAGGACGCAUCUUGCUGAAGAGAGAAUUGCGCAGCCUGCGAGGGAUCCAGACUUCUUUGGCUCCCUGGAAGUGCAAUGGAGAGGAGCAAGAGCUGCCAUUGCUGACCCUCAGCUUUGACUCUGUAUGUGAGGAGAAGCAGACUGUGAAUUACAUUGUGUUGGACAACUCUCCCGAGAGCUCUGUAACGACUUUGCUGGAUUUGCUGCGUCCCAUGUUGGAGAGAAACCUGAGGGAGAAAGCAGAGUCCCAGGAUGAACUCACAAGGAUGCAGUGCCUUAAAUGCAAAACUGAAUUUAGAAACGAGGUUGAUGGAGGAGACAUAUACAGUCCCGAGUCUGUACAGCAGGGAAAAGAGCCCACUGCCGGACUGCACAGAAACCAUACAGGGGAUGCCUCCUGCCCAUCCUGUGGAAGUUUGCACAUCAUUUUGGCACCUUUAAAUCCCACUGGGGAGACCAGCACCCCACUUCGCCCUCUCUCUGCUGAGCCACCUCAAGGUGACGAUGGAGGUGGAGGGCUGGCUGCCAAGUCCUUUUACUUGAGUGAAGAUGAAGACAGCUCAGAGACAGACAGCAGCCCCAACACCGCUCCAAGUGAAGCCGAGAGCACCAUCUUCUACAGCUUUGAUACUGAAGGGCAGGACCAACAGUCGGCUCAGGACACGGGCAGGAGCAGCCUCACAGGCAGCUACAAAUACACAGCUUUAAACCAGAGCGGCGCCCUAUCCCAGGAUGGCUGGCAGAUUAGUCCCGGUCCUGCUUCGACCCUAGAUUUCCGGCUGGUAGACCAUCGCCUCAAGCUGUACUUAGACAUGGAAGUCCUGAACGGUGACAUGGAGGAAUUCCGCUGUUGCAUGAAGGUGCCUGUAAUUCGCUUUGGGAAGGUCUCAGAAUUUUGGGCUGUCGUCGCUGUGUCCAAUCAGAAGAUCUAUUUCCUGGAGAUAACUGGAGAAAUCAGAGAUAACCCCAGUGAUUGGCUGCAGCCAAUAGAGUCCCAGUCUCUCACCUCACUGGCGCGCUUGCACGUGGGGCUGCAGGAGCACAGUUUGCAUUUGGGAUUUGGUGGCUCCGGAGGGGCCUACACUCUGCUGACCAGAAACCAGCAGCACUGCAGGGUCUUCCAUAAGCACAUGCUAGACGUACUCGCUGAGCUCCCUGCAAGGUAUCUCGGUAAUAUUCAGCAGAGCUCCGAGGAACCCAUAACCCCCCAGCACAGACUGUGGCCGUUCCUACAGGAUAAGGUCGGAGCGCCAGAGAGUAACGCCCCCCCUCGCUUUCUCUACGUGCCGCUGUUCUUCCUGAGAGAGGACAUUGUGUCCCCCAAUGCUGACAGCCCCUGCGCUAAUGCCAACUCCCAGCUACCCCUGCUAAACACCGCCUCGCCGGCUGCGCUGAUACAAGGGGCUGCCGCAGCCGCUCCGCUCUCCCUCCUGGUUACGCGCACCCACAUGUACCUUCUAGAGGAGGAUCACCAGUGGCUCCCUGAUACCCCCGAUACUGAGCUACCGGACAGUGUGCAAAUGAAGGAAAAGCAGCCAAUCAGCAACAUCAGCUCCGUCCAUCUGUUUCAGUCGGCAACCCUGCACCUCCGCAUCCAUCUUUAUAAUGAGACACAGCAGAACGAAAGCGCUUGGCUUCUAUGGACUGAAGACCCGGAUAUGACCAGAGAGAUUGUGGAGUGGCUCAGGGAACCCUGGGAAGCAGAGUACCACAUUCACUUUAAUCCUGUUACCCACAAUACCUGACUGCGGCCCCUGCAGGGAUUCGCUUUGUGGCCCCUUUGGGAGACUGUCAGGGCCAUUACAGGCCUCCAGUCCUUGCAUAGAGACCGUCCAAAGGGACUUUUUAGCCGGGCUGGGCAGCCUCUGGCAUUCCAGAUGUCAUUGAAGCAACUUCCACCGUCCUCAGGGAGUUGUAGUACAACAACAUCAGGGCUGCCCAGAGCUGCCUUUACAGGUUGUGUUGCCAUAGUGGAGCUCCUCCCCUCCAGGCCGGCUCACUCCCUUGCCCAAGGAUGAUGGAUACAUAAUGAGAAAGGGACAGGGAGGAAGAUUUGCACUCGUUUUUCUAUGUUCUCUAAGUUGCUUGUUUUAUCCCAAUGUAAUAAAUUUCUAUUGUUUUAAA